GGCCAACGAUCCGAACGAAAAAAGUGGAUUCAUUGCUUUGAAGAUGUCAAUGCCAUUAUCUUCAUCGCAGCUGUGAGCGAAUACGAUGAAGUCCUGUUCGAGGAUGAAACAACGAAUCGAAUGCUGGAAUCUCAGCGCCUGUUUGAAUCAAUCUGCAACAGUCGUUGGUUUAUCAAUACCUCGAUAAUUUUGUUUAUGAACAAAAAGGACUUGUUCAUGGAGAAAAUCAAACGAGUCUCGAUCAAAACAGCAUUUCCAGAAUACUCAGGCCCACAAACAUACGAAGAUUCAAUCAAAUACAUCAAGCAACGGUUUGAGAUGUUGAAUCAAAAUCCCAAGAAAACCAUAUUUGUUCACGAGACGUGCGCCACGGACACUGAUCAAGUGCAGAAGAUUCUCGACUCUGUGAUUUCGAUGAUUAUUCAACAGAAUCUUCACAAGAGUGGACUCUACUGA